CCAUAACUAAUAAUUCCAUUUAUCACAUUCUGGUUUUUCCUUUCCCUCCUCACUCCUCUCUCUCUCUCUUCUCUUCUCUUCAUCUCAUCUGCAUUCACACUAUUUCAUCCUCUCCAAUUCAAACCCUUUAUUCCUCUUUUUCAAUCUGGGCUCUCCAAUUCAUUAAUUCAUUUCUUCAUCUGCUCACUCAAGAAUUCCUGGGAUUCCUUACCUUCCUAACACACUCGUCUUUGGAUACGCAAUUCAUCCAAGUGCCUGCACAAAGCAGAUUUACAUUAACUUUUCCGUGAUUGUUUUCAUAAUUUCAUCUAACUUCUUACGGAUUUCUCGCAAGAUCCAGACCCCUCUCUCUCUCUCUCUUUCUCUAUAUAUAUAUGUGUGUAGUCUUUCUUCGUCUACAAUGAAACGUUUUCAGUAGCUACUUUCGGGUCGGGAAGUGGAAAUGAAUGCAAACGCAAUGGGAGCUGCAAUAAGCUUACUGAUACUGCUAACAUGCGCGCCGCGGAGCAUUUACUCGCAGGAGCGGCGUCUGGUGAAAAUGACUCUCGUUCGAAACGCUUCGUCGAUCGGGGCAUAUUGCUUGGACGGAAGUCUGCCGGCGUAUCAUUUGGACAGAGGAUUCGGGGCGGGAGCGCGCAACUGGCUUCUGCAGUUUGAGGGUGGUGGGUGGUGCAACGACGUCAAAUCCUGCUUGGAGAGAGCCGCCACUCGCCGUGGAUCUACUCGUUACAUGAGCAAGGUUGAGGUCUUCUCUGGCAUUUUAAGCAACAAUGCCUCACUCAACCCCGAUUUUUACAACUGGAACCGAGUAAAGCUAAGAUACUGCGAUGGCGCCUCGUUUGCUGGCGAUGCUAAGUUCCAGAAUGGAACAUCAUUGCUUUAUUUCAGAGGGCAAAGAAUUUGGCAAGCCAUUAUUCUUGAUCUUCUCCCAAAAGGCUUGGGCCAAGCGAAGAAGGCUUUGCUUUCUGGUUGCUCUGCUGGUGGUUUGGCUACUUUUCUUCAUUGUGACAAUUUCACCAGUUAUUUGCCCAAAAAUGCUAGUGUAAAAUGCUUGAGUGAUGCUGGAUUUUUUCUGGAUGCCAGGGACAUAAGUCUGAACCACUCCAUGAGGUAUUUCUACAACAGCCUCGUUACCCUGCAGGGUGCGGAAAAGAACCUGAACAAAAAUUGCACAAGUUCUCCUUUUCCUGAACAAUGUUUCUUCCCCCAGUAUGCAUUACCGUAUAUCAAAACACCCUUUUUCAUCUUGAACUCAGCCUAUGAUGUGUACCAAUUUCAUCACAUAUUGGUGCCUCCUGCUGCUGAUCCUCAUGGGCAUUGGUAUCACUGCAAGCUUAAUCCUUCAGCUUGUAAUGUGGUCCAGAUAAAUACUUUGCAAGGAUUCCGAAAAUACAUGCUUGAAACAUUGCGGCCUUUCUUUGUUAACUCAACUAGAGGAGGGAUGUUCAUAAAUUCUUGCUUUGCUCAUUGCCAAAGUGAAUUGCAAGAUACUUGGUUUGCUCCUGACUCUCCCAGAGUGAACAAUAAGACCAUCUCAGAAGCUGUUGGUGAUUGGUACUUUGGGAGAAAAGUGAGCAAGGAGAUUGACUGUGCAUAUCCUUGUGACAAUACUUGCCAUAACUUGAUAGGCUGACAUUGAAAUUCAGUGCAGAGAUUCUGGACAAUUAUACAGGUUAGAAGCAUAGAAGGAUAUUCUUUUAACAGAGGUUUUCACUUCUCCAAGGAUGCAGCUGGAAACUUGCUGGAAAAAUAAAAGGUCCCAAGAAAGUAUAGAAAGAAAAUCCAAAAUUUAGGCCUUUCUAGGUUUACAAAUGCUACAGAUCAUUGGAGCAACAAUGUUUGACGUGCUACACGAAAUUUGGCAAUACAUACAUAGUGUUUGAAGAAGCUUUGAUCCUCUGGAUAGUAACAGUAAUAGUUUCACCUCUUCUUUGUUGGGCAAAUGAUGUUAGAAACUUUUACUUGUUAUCUUACAGAAUCUAUGUUUGGAGUUGGAUCUGUAAGGCUGUGUUGAUGUUAAUUCAAACUGAA